AUGGUAUAUUCAAGAUGGCUGCUGAAAUGUUUUUAAUAAGGAGUUGUUUUACUCCGUAGUAUUUUUUUGAAUAGUAACUUAAAAAAACUGAGAAAAUGUCAGGGGUCCAGAUGUGUAAGAAUAUGUUUUGUCGUUGUUUUAGUGGAAGUAACGGUGUCGGUGAUUAUGUAUCGAUGAAUGAUCAGCCAUUAGUUGUAUUAGAUACGAGCAAGAUGGGACUAGAUGUAGUCAUUGUGAAGAAUGGUCAUAGAUUAUGUGGAACAGGUGCUGCUUUAGCCAAUGCACCAAUUGUUCAAAACAAGGCAUAUUUUGAAACAAAAUUGCAGCAAUCAGGUUUGGAAGAAUUGUAUUUUUUAGGCCACUUCUUUCGCGUCAGACGUUUCUUUUUGGAGGAGAAAAUGAUAGGUUUAUCUUAUGAUCAUGUUGAGUUGAAUUUCUAUCUUAAUGGAAAAAAUAUGGAAACUCCUCUAACUAGUGCAAAAGGAGAAUUGUAUCCUGUGUUGUAUGUUGAUGAUGGUGCUAUACUGGAUGCAGUUUUUUCGUUAUUUUUUUAUCCUCCUCCACCUGGAUAUGAUCGAAUAUUAAUUGAAAAGUCUUUAUUAUAAAAGAAUGAUUUCAUAAAGAAUUAUUUUAUAAUGAUUGAUUUGCAUAUUAUCAAAUUAGAAAUUGAAAUUAAAAAGGAAGUAUAUUUGUAAUG